AUGACUACCAGACUACCUCUGGGAGACAUUGACCUUGAGCGUACCGGCUCAAAUUCCACCUCUGCGCUUCCUCGACUCCAAAAGGACCCAUUCGGAAUCGACAGUGACGACAACUCCGAUAUUGAAACUUUAAACAACUCAAAAUACUCUCAAGUUUUGGACAGUCAGUCUUCUUUGAAGGGAUACAAUGUGAGCACAAACUCUUUUGACGACUUAAACAGCGAGGAUUAUGAAAGCUCAUCAAAGUUACCACUUAACGGCGAAAAAAAGCGUUCCAGCAAGUCUCGCCGAAAUAGCUCAUUUGGCCCCUCGGGCAACAACCGUCGUCGUCGGGCUCCGAUUAAACCCCCAAAGGCUUCUAUUAUUGCGAUGGUUAUAAUUGUUCCUAUUUUAGUUGUUAUUGCACUUUUCAUUUUGCUAAAGUGGUCUAGUCCUUCUGAAUCUAAAAAUGUGACUCCUGGUGUUGCACCCACUGGACUUACAUAUCCGUCCGGGUUUAACAUUAAAAAUAAUUGGGGUACUUUAUCUCCUUACUUUGAUACCGGUGCCAAUUUCCCUGGUAUCGACUCCUCAGUGAAUGAGGGGAUUAGUGAGCUUCCUCCAAAGUGCUCGUUGAAGCAAGUACAUAUUUUGCAUCGACAUGCCGAACGGUAUCCUACUACUGGUUCUGGAAACAGUAUGGCGAAAACUGCAGAGAAGCUUAAGAAUUUGACGGAGCCCGCGGCCAAGACUAUGGAUUGGUUGGAACAGUGGGAGUACACUUUAGGAAAGGAACUUUUGGUCUCUCGCGGUUUGGCUACUGAGUUUGCUGCUGGUGCCAACUUUUGGGCUUCUCACGGUGUUCUUUUAUUUGGCGCAAAGGACAAGGGCCGAUUUUUGUACGACCCCAUUUUGAAUGUUAACCCUGACGGGUCAGAUAGACCUCCUGUUGUUAUUCGUGCUACUUCUCAGUCACGCAUUCACCAGUCUGCUGAUGCUUGGGCUGCUGGGUUUUUCGGUAUUUAUGGCCAUGACCCUAAGCGUUCUGAGGAGUCUCUUGAAAAGCUUAAGAACCCAAAGAAGGAUAUUUAUAACCUCGUUUUGCAAACUGAGGCCACAGGCUAUAAUGCCACUCUUGCUGGCUACUAUUCUUGUCCCAACUCCAAUAAUGCCACUUAUGUUGAUGGCGGACGUAAGAUGCGCGAAUGGAUUGACGUUUACUUGGAAGAAGCUGUUAUUCGAAUUUCCAAGCUUUUUUCUGGACUCGAGGAAGGCCAACUCACACCUACCGACAUUUAUAACUUGCAAAAUAUUUGUGUUUAUGAGUCUGCUGCAUACGGCUCAUCACCCUUUUGCAAGUUGUUUACGGAAAAGGAAUGGCGCGGUUAUGAGUAUGCUGCCGACCUUGUCUUUUAUGGUAUGGCUUCUCAUGGUACCCCUGUUGGUGCUUCUGAGGGUGCUGGUUGGGUUUAUGAGUUGGUUUCUCGUCUUGAGGGCAAGCUCAUUACUGAAUAUGAAGCUGGCUGGGGUGUUAACACAACCCUUACAUCGUCCGAAGAAGUUUUCCCUACCAAUCAAGUUCUUUAUUUGGAUAUGUCGCAUGAUAGUGUCAUUGUAUCUGUGCUGACGGCGCUUGGUCUGGACAUUUUGAAGGAAGACCUUCCGUCCUCCAAGAUUCUUGCGCCGCGCCAGUUUGUGGUGUCACGGUUGGCGCCAUUUGGCGCACGGCUGUUUGUCGAGGUUCUUUCGUGUGAAGAGGACAUUGCAGUAGCUGCUGACCGAGACAACAAGAAGGAAACGAUUGAGGAUGAAACUGAUGCUAAUAAUGAUGAAUUUGCUAUGCGCAAGUUUGUUCGUGUCAAGCUUAACAACCGUGUUUUGCCUCUGGGCAGCUUGAAGGCAUGCCCAGCUAAUAAGGAGGGAUUAUGUCCGUUUGACGACUUUAUUGAGUCUCUCAAGUUUGCACUUGAGGAAAUUGACUUUGACAGAAAUUGCUACGGAAUCCCUGAGGGAUAUUAA